AUGGGUGAUGAGGAAUAUUCGGCGAUAAUGUCGAAGGAAACUGCGCAGGAAGAGGAUGAGCCUCUGGUAGGAUGGAAAAGCAAUUGGCUCCACGAAGGACUCACGAAAGAGACACGUGCACAGCACGAAAGGAGAGAUGGAGUGAUAUUCUCGAUGACAACCACGACAGUAGACCAGCCGAUCCUCGAGGGAAGGGAAACGCAGGGGAGCAAACGAAAGGAUGGACUCGAAGGGACAGAGAAAGAAAUGAAACAGUCAACCUUGCUAGAAGGUCGACAGUGA